AGGUCGAGCUUGUGUGGCCUCCUCACACUCACAACAUCUGCAUGUGUUAUGAAUUCUACGUGUGGACCCGUUCAAACUCAUAUCAUGCUGUUUUCUCACUUGUAGUCUGCCUGAGCUGAAGGAUCACUGGUUAGAUACUCUACACAGCAAAACUGCAGAGGCGAGAUUGAGGGCAGGGAUCGCUUCAUCACCGCCCAGCGUCCUCAUGAAGGUGCUGAGUGGUAAUAACACGAAUAAAACUCUAAGUGGAGUUGGGAUGGACUCUGUCCUAGAGCCUCUUGAUAGCAACGGCAAAAUCUCCACCUUCUCGAAGCAGUUUCAUAACCAGGAGACGCAUGUUCAGCAGCCGAUUGGAGAAAAUGGAGGCAAAAAGAGCUUGUUCUCUUUUAAACUGAAGAGAAACUCAAGCGUUGCUGCACAAUCCGAAUCAAACCCGAAGAACUUGCUGUUUGGACGACAGCUUCAAGAUGAUGCCACGCUUCCAAAACCAAUUAUUGAAAUACUCCUUAUGUUGUUCAAGAAGGGUCUGUUCACUGAGGGAGUCUUCAGAGUAACUUGUAACAUCAAAAACCAGAAUGCCCUCAAAGAGCAGCUGAACUCCGGUGCUGAGGUGGACAUGGAAGCACUGCCUGUGACUCUCCUAGUUGGAUUACUGAAAGUUUUCCUGAAGGAACUCCCCGGAGGCCUCCUUGUGUUUGAGCACUAUGAUAGCUGGAUCAGCGCUCUGGAGAAAGAGAGUACGCAGGACAUUCACAGUGAGCUGAGAAGAGUGGCGGAGAAGCUGCCAAGAGCAAACAAUCUUCUGCUACAGCACCUGCUGUGUCUGUUUCAUCACAUCAGCCAGCGUUCAGACACCAACAAAAUGACUGCCCAGAACCUGGCAGUUUGCAUCGGCCCAACCCUUCUUCACCGAAACAGCAAAAGUCUAGAAAUGGAUGUUGUAGACCAGGUUGCUAAGCUUAUCCAGUUCCUCAUUGAACACUGCUGUGAUGUAUUUGGACAUACCAUCGUGACUCUUCUUGGGGAUUUAGAGGAGCAGGAGUCUUUUGACAAGUCUGAUUCAGCGUGUCUGACAUCCCCCGAAAUAUCCUUUGACAUCCACCAGCAUGACUCAGCAUACGACAGUACAGAUCCCGAUGGCGACUGUCUGGAUGCUGAUGGACAGGCUCACGAAGACCACACGCUUCCACACGGAAGCCCACCGAUAAGCAGGAUGGGACUUUAUGACGUUCAUUGUUGUUCCUCUGAUGCUAUAUUUGAAGCUUUUACGAAACCUUUCGAUCGACGUUGCUCCGAGCCCUCCCUCUUCUCCUUAGCCCCCACAAUGGGCUUAAGAGGGUUGGCCCGCAGCCAUGACAACUUUUCCACAGAGAAGGAAGACCUUGUGGAUCAACCGCUGAAGAAGCAAAGUUCUGAUUCCUUCCUGCAUCCCCAAUGCUGCAACAACAAAAGAUCAGAAGCGUCCUUCAAAAAACUGGUCGGAGGAUUGAAAUUGGACUUACCCAUGAGUGUUUCUUCUCCCACGUCUGAGGCGGGUUCCUGCCCCUCCUUCUGUUCGUCAGAUAGCACCUCUUCAAAUCUCUCAGAACAGUCGAUAACCUCGUCACCUCUCCCAUCCCCUGAAAGUCCCCGCAAAGGUCAGUCUACCAGGCACGCAUCCUUCAUGAGCAAGACUAGAGCUAACACCGCCAAAGGGGAGCUGGAAGGGAAUCGGCGAACUCUCUCGAUGAGAGCCAAAAGUCUUAGCAAUAUCUUCCCGUUCAACAGAGGAAGUCUGAAAAAAGGCGAGUCCCAGAAAGACGUCGUCUUUCCGUGUGGAACUCUUCCGGAGGACUCACAAAGCGAGGCCGAGAACCCUGAUGAGCUGGUUCGGCGACGAAGGCCUCUGUCCGCCAUUGAGGUCUUCCAACAUGUGGACAGUCGGAUGCCGUGCAACCCCCCAUCCUAUGAGCAGGCAAUUCAGAAUGGAGCCCAGCCGCCCCCCCCUCAGUACGGGACCAUGACGGUUCAACGUGCCAGAUAUCUGGGAAGGAAAUCUCGACCCAUCUCAAUGAACGAUAACCUGCUGGGCAUUUGUCAAGUUACCGAACCCACAGAAUACGCAGAAACAUUUGAAGAAAGCUCUCAAUUAGAUGAAGCGCAGCCGGUUGUGUUCCGGCAAAGAGCUAUGUCGGAAUCAGUUCAACAGUCGAGACAUGAAAGAGCGUCACAUCGGUGUAGUCAGCCCGUGUUUGAAGAGUUUUCCUAUGCAAAGGAAUCUAAUGUGUGAGUGUUUCUUUAUUCAUCGCAAUGCUAUACUCCUUUUAGCAUUGAUGCAGAACUAGCCUGCAAAGGUUAAGCUAAAAUAUUUCACUUAAAGUUGUUUCAUAUGCUAAUAUUGUUUUAACUCUGGCCAGUAUGAAGCUAUGUAAAUAGACCAGUUCCUAUAUUGCAAUUGUAUAGUCUAAUAAUAUACAGUGGUAACAGAAUGAAUAAUUUUGAUAUAGUCAGACUGUACAGUUGUAAAUUACAGUGUUUUUGUGUCAGUGCUACUCUUCUUUCACUACAAUAAAGACUUUCAGAGGA